UUAUAUUGUCGACCUUUCCCCUUAUUUUAGUAAAACAGUCUACGCCCCCUCACUGGCCUUGACUUCUCUGAUCGAUCGAUGGCUGCCUGUCCUCUGGAGAGUAUAAUUACUGAGAGGUUGAACCCACAAUCAGGGCUGAUAGAGAAACUACCACUUCUAGAUUCCACAUCGUGCACAGAUGUGUCCUUUCUACCGUAUCGCGCCCCCCGACAUGGAAUUGAACCUGACCUCCUCUGGCUUGAGGCCAUUCAGGAACUGGAUUCGGACUUGCACUGGUUGUUAAAGUUGCCACAUCCGAACUUUUGGAGUCAGGUGGUAUAUGAUAGCUCUUUGCAGAAGUGUUUGGAUUCUUACCUCCGCAAUGCACCAAGGAGCUAUGAUCGACCCUUGAACCUUCCUCUGAACGUUAAAGAGACGCAAAGAAACAUCCACAAGAGAAUGUUUAUGACAUUUCUCAGAAUGUCCACAGCUAAAGAAUCUGAGGCUCAUUAUUUUACACCAGCUGCUCAUGCAGACAUCAUCUAUCAGAAGUACUUAUUCGACGUGCCUAAACUGAUUGAUUUAUGCAUUCUCUACGGCAACUCCAACAAGGCCUUGCUAGCCAAACUGGUGGCCAAUGUAUUCAAAUGGCAGCCACAAUACAAACAAGACUGGUCACUGGCUGUGCGCAGUUUUGCUAAAAUUUUCAAGAAAGUUUCUGAUGAGGUUCUACCUGUUCAGAAACCAAUGCUGCUCAUAGAGCAACCUAAAAUUCUGUCUCCAGUGGAGCUGUCUGACCUCAUCCUCUACAUGAGUGACAUCACCUCCACACUCAAGGCUUUCCUAGACGUGUAUCCUCCAGCUACCGAGGCGCUCAUGCACGGAGAGUUUGUGGAGACUCUUGUUGCCUUCUACGAGUCCGUGGUGCCUGUUCUGCAAACGCGAUGGCUGGAAGUAUGCCGGGACGUCUCAGAUGCUUCCUUUGUGAAAGCUCGUUUCAGGAAUUUCAAGAAGGACUCCACAUGGAUUGUUAACAGUAUCCUGCGAUUGUACUUUGACCCCAGCUUCAUAGAGGCCGGGGAAUCGUCACAAAUCCCACUCGACAGUUUCAUUUCAGCCGUGACCACAGUGCUGACUGAGAAGAGUUUCCUUCGUGAGUAUGAGAAGCAUUACAACCUAGCCAGUGUUGUGCAAGAGAUGCGACAACUACACCCUGAACUACCAGAGUCUCAUUUUGACUACAUUAUUUCAUCACUGGAGGUACCAAAGAUGAAGGAGAAGAAGACUGCUGGGCGUGAUGCUAAACUGGUGUCCCAUGUCAAAGAGUUGCUACCUCAUCUUGGGGAUGCCUUUAUUGAGCUCUGCCUGAAUGAGUUUGGCAACAGUCCUGAGACGGUGGUGGAUCGUAUUCUGGAGGACAACCUGCCCCCACAUCUUAGAGCAAUGAACCAGAAUCCGUCAACGGAGGACUUAAAGAAAACAUCAUCACAGCCAAAAACUGAAGACACUGCUCCACCAGAUGAAAGCACUGCUACCAGUGUGCUGGAUGAUCGGCUAAAUGUGUAUGAUGACGAUGAGUUCGAUGUGUUCAACAAAGAUGUCAGUGUGGAUAUGUCCAGAGUACACUUUGGAAAAAGGUUUGACCCCACCUCCUCCUCGGCUGUUCUCAACGACAAGACACACCUGGAGGAGACACGAGAGACCUAUCAGCAGUAUGACGUGGAGACCUCCUGGACGUAUGAGGAGCCGAGGGAAUGGGGCGGAGUUUCAGGCGACCAGUACGAGUUUGACCAGUACAGUGAUGAGUAUGAUGAUACGUAUGACUCUCACGUGGUGGGAGCAGCUGACAAUGACUCAGCAGAGGACCUCUUCUCUGUGAGACGGUUGAAUGACAAGGGACGGUAUUCACGACACUACUCUCAGUUUCCAGACUUGAAUGAGAGCUCAGAGGAACAAUCAUCGGGCGCCAGUCAUAUGACUAGACCUCCAAGCAAUGUGACUAUACUUAAAAGGCCAUCUAACGAUUCCAUGCCCAAAUCAAAACCUUUCAAUCUGUCUUCUCGGAAACCCCAGAGUUCAAAAGGGCAGAGUUCAGAGGUUAAACCACCAGUGGAGAGCGAGAGAGCUCGUCAACUCAAAGAGAAGAACAAAAGCAAGAGAGGCAACCACAACAGAAAGGCAAUGGCUGACAAGAAGAGGUCUCGAGGAAUGUGAGCCCCUCCUAAAUAACUGAAGAACGGUAACUCUAUAAGCUGAUCAAAUUUAUUCAUUUAGGGUGUGUGUUACUCUAUAAAUUUUUUGUUGCUGAGGUGUACUGUGACAGCAUAUGUCACAUUAGUAGACUGUUGUGCAUUCCUUUCAUUAUCAUGUGUGGGGUUGAUAUUUGACCCAACAUCAAUCAUACAGUACCAUUUUCUUCUAUGAUCUUGUUCAAAGCUUACUAA